AUGGCUGAGAAAGUUAGAUACUAUUUGGAACAGUCAGUUCCAGAAUUGGAAGAUUUAAAGAGGAAAGGGAUCUUCGAUAAAAAUGAAAUCACCAUGAUCAUGAGAAGAAGAACUGAUUUUGAACAUAGAAUUCAGGGAAGAGGAUCAAAGCCAAGGGAUUUCUUGAAAUAUUCCGAGUUUGAAACCAACGUGGAGAAGUUGAGAAAGAAGAGAUAUAAUAGGUUAAACAAAGUGGGACUUAUUGAUACCAAACCUAGUUUGUCGGAUUGGGCAGGAUCAAGAAGAAUUUUAUUUAUAUAUGAUAGAGCUACUAAAAGAUACCCCGGUGACAUGAACAUAUGGUCGCAGUACUUGAAGUUCGCAAAGGCAAAUGGUGCUAUCAAGUUGAUCUAUAAGGUGUAUUCACGUUUGUUACAAUUACAACCAAGAAACAUUGAUGCGUGGUUAUCAGCAGCUAAAUAUGAAUUUGAAACCAACGCCAAUGCCAAAGGUGCUAGAGUCCUAUUCCAAAGAGGGUUAAGAUUAAACCCUGAUUCGUUUGACUUGUGGAUCUCGUAUGCCCAAUUUGAAUUAACGUACAUUUCAAGAUUAUUAGCAAGAAGAAAGGUGCUUGGUUUAAUUACUGAAAAGCAACAGAAGGACGAGAUGGACAACGAGAAGACAAAAUUAGACAAGAAUAUUUCUGCAUCCGGUGUUACUGAUGAUCUUGACAGCGACACUAUUAACUUGCCGAUCGGUGACGAUGAAAUGAAGGAAGAAUUAACCCAUUUACCAGAAGCUGACAUGAAUAUGUUAGGUAAUCCCGAAACUAAUCCAGCAUUGAAGGGGGACGUAGCGUUAACUGUUUUUGACUUGUGCAUUCCUGAAAUAUUAAAGGCUGUUCCAAAAGAUGCUGCUGCCUCUAAAAAGGAUGAUAAAGCAUUUGAAAUUAUAAAUCAAUUUUUGAUACUUUUCGAUAAAUUCAGUGACUUGAAUAGAGAUUACUUGUAUUCGCAUGUUUUAAAUUACGUACAGACCAACUAUCCAAAUGAUUUGAGAACGUUGAUUAUUGACAUUACCUUACCCGUCAGAAACAUCGACACUAAUGACGAAAGCUUAUCCGAAUUAUUACAGUUAUCAGUUAAUAAAUUUAUUGCAUACAAAUUGAAGCUUAAUGAUUCAAAACAAAAGGAAACGCUUAUUAAUACCUACACCCAAUUCUUGACGGACAGAUUCCUCCAUUCCACUACAGACAAACCUUCAGAAAGAGUUGAUGCAUUAUUGCGUGCAAUUAUUAAAAAGUGCCGUACUAUUUAG